UUACGUAAUAAUGUUUAAAUCUGGUAACAGAGGAGCUAUAACAUAAGUCGAAGCUUCGGGAGAGUUCGUUAAGUGCUCUGGUUAAAUAAUUGUGACAAAAUUAGACACACAAAUGCACACCCACACACACACACACAGGUAUUUAUGUGUGAUGUCAGUGUUGCAGCAGCUUACUGCAGCCAAUGAGCAGGUGUGAGACGCAGUGAGCCACUCCACCUGAUAGAGAUUGUCUGGAGGAUAACAGGCCGGCCCCGAAACAUACUUCUUACUGUCAGAGGAGUCUGAGCUGCAAACAAACGCUGCGUGUUUUUCACUGUCAGGAGAGGAACGUCAUCUGUUUCCACCGAAAACAGCAACUCAACAGGAUCAGAAAUCAUGUCUGGCCUGCAGAAGCUCCCCCUCACAGCCUUCCUCUGCCUGCUGCUCCUCGCCACACUUCUGCCCAGCUCUGAGGCCCGGCGUGGCGGUGGUGGCCGCGGUUUUGGAGGUGGUGGUUUUGGCCGAGGUGGAGGUUACAGCCGCGGCGGGGGCUACAGACCGGCCCAGAGCAGCGGCCCCAGUGCGGGGAAAGUAGCCGGGGCAGCUGCAGCGGGUGCCAUAGGCGGAGCAAUGCUAGGGUCUGCCCUGAGCCGCCCUGGGUACGGUGGAGGAUAUGGAGGCUAUGGUGGAGGCUAUGGAGGGUACGGAGGAGGGUACGGAGGAUAUGGAGGGGGCUACGGCUACCCACGAUUUGGAGGUGGAGGUGGCUUUGGCCCCAGGUCCGGCUACGAGCCAGAGGGCUCUGGAGAUAUGGAGUACUACACCGGAGCAUCCAGCGGUCCCAUCUACAACAGCAUCAUCGUGGUCAUCGGCUCCCUGAUGUCCCUGCUAAUGGGCCACCUGGUGGCAGUCAUGUAGAGCUGGAGGCCGAGCCGCCAUCCCAAAAACCACACAUGGGACCAAACAAACCCUGAAUAAAAACAGAAAGCGGUACUAUCUCCGGUUUAAAGUCUAAUAUGAUCCUUGAAUACUGAAAAGCUGCUGCCAAUUUGUUUACACUUCAGUGACCCUCCAUGAGGACAGGAGGAGGAAUUUGACCCCUUUGACCUCUACAGCACCUCAGUGUGACGUACUUCAAUCUGCACAUCUUCUGAUGAACAAACCACUUCCUGUAGAAAUAUGUCAGAGAUAGUUUGACUAAAAUGUUUUCCUCGCUCCCAUUUCUCCCAUUUAAAGUCUUUUUUUUAUACAUUUUAAGAUUGUUUUUGAUCAAGUAUGAUUUCUCCUUACAGAAUCUGUGAAGAUUCAUUAGGAGUAGACUGGACGUAGGUGACGUCUACCUCAACAAGUCAUGUGAGGACCAAAGUUUAAGAGCAGCUACUUCAUAAGAUAAUGCCAUUUCCUAGUAUACUUCAUUUUCAGUUCAAUAUUUUAGACAGUUUUUUCAAUCUGUUUCAUAUUCUGUUUGCUGUGCAUAUUUAAGUGAGUAUUAAAAUGUUUACGCCUGUAAAUGUACUAUACUUUACCUAAUCAAGCACGUUUUAUGCCAUUUUGUAGACUUUUAUGUUUAAA